CGCCAACGAAGUGACUUUUCCUCCUGCCGUAUAAAUGGGCAUCGAAUCUCGGCACCAAAGACAGCAACCACAAUGGCUCUCACCCAUAGUUUUCUUCUUUUCUGCUCCCUUUUUCCCUUCUUCAUCAUCCCUUCCUUGUCAAAAACAUCAUUCAGGCCCAAAGCAUUAGUCCUUCCCGUAUCAAAAGAUGCAUCAAGUCUCCAAUACGUUACCCUGAUCAACCAAAGAACCCCUUUAGUCCCUGUAAAGUUAACCCUUGAUCUUGGUGGCCAGUUUCAAUGGGUUGACAGUGAAGAAGGCUAUGUAUCGUCUUCUUAUAAACCUGUACGUUGCAGAUCUGCCCAAUGCGCACUUGCUAGGUCAAAGAGCUGCGUCACUGAAUGCUAUUCUGGCCCCAGGCCAGGAUGCAACAACAACACAUGUUCUGUCCUCCCUGACAAUACGGUAACAAGUACUGCCACUAGUGGUGAGGUUGGUCAGGAUGUUGUUUCAAUUCAAUCUACUGAUGGAUCAAAUCCUGGCAGAGUGGUUUCUGUGAAGAAAUUGAUCUUCGCUUGCAGUGGAACACGUUUCCUAGAAGGUCUUGCUAGUGGUGUCAAUGGUAUGGCUGGCUUUGGAAGGACUAAGAUUUCACUUCCUUCUCAGUUCUCUGCUGCUUUUAGCUUUGACAGGAAGUUUGCCAUUUGCUUGACCUCUUCGGCUUCCAAUGCUAAAGGUGUUGUAUUUUUUGGUGAUGGGCCAUAUGUUCUUCUUCCUGGUAUUGAUGCCUCCAAGUUUCUUAUUUACACCCCAUUAAUUCUCAACCCUGUAAGCACAGCGUCUGCUUACUUCGAAGGAGAGCCUUCUUCUGAUUACUUCAUUGGAGUCAAGUCUAUCAAGAUUAAUGGAAAAGCUGUACCAUUGAACACAUCAUUGCUAUCCAUUGAUAGGAUCCAAGGCACUGGUGGAACAAAGAUUAGCACUGUGAAUCCAUAUACAGUAAUGGAAACAACAAUCUACAAAGCUGUCAUUGCCACUUUUGUGAAAGAGCUAGCCCUUGUUCCUAGAGUAGCAUCCGUGGCACCAUUUGGGGCAUGUUUUAACUCAACCAACAUUGGUAGCACAAGGGUUGGACCGCCCGUGCCACAAAUUGAUCUUGUCCUGCAAAGCAGUAAAGUUUCCUGGAGGAUUUUUGGUGCAAACUCAAUGGUUCAAGUAAAAAGUGAUGUCAUGUGUCUUGGGUUCGUGGAUGGAGGUCUAAACCCUAGGACUUCAAUCGUCAUCGGAGGUUACCAAUUGGAGAACAAUCUUCUGCAGUUUGAUCUUGCCACUUCAAGGCUUGGUUUCAGCUCUUCACUGUUGUUUAGACAAACAACUUGUGCCAACUUCAACUUUACCUCUAAUAAUGUUUAAAAAAAGAUUGUUUCCUUUCGUGAAAAAUACAUCAUGUAGUGUGUUGAUCAUUUGCGCA